CUCUAAUUCACAAUGACUAGCACAUCCUGGCGACUGAAAGGCGAAGCUAAACGCGAGUCAGUUCUAAAUGCCAUUCCCGAGAAAUGGCGACUGAAAGACCCCGUCCCUCCCGCUAUAGAGCUGCGUGAUGUUACAGGGAAUUAUAUCCGACAAUACUUAACCGAGCGUGAGAUUACUAUCACAGAGACAGAUGCUGUAGACAUUGUGGCGCAGACAUCUACAGGCCGCUGGUCAGCCCUGGAAGUGACAGAAGCCUUCUGUCACCGGGCUGCACUAGCUCACCAACUCGUCAACUGUCUCCACGAGGUUUUUUUCGAGGCAGCAAUCAAAGAUGCCAAAGAGCAAGACGAAUACUUCGCAAAGCACAAAACCCCGGUAGGACCCCUGCAUGGCCUACCAGUGAGCCUAAAAGACCAGUUUCACGUGAGAGGCGUCGAAACCACAAUGGGCUACGUAGGCUGGAUAAACACCUUCGAAGGCCAACAGAACGACCCGCGCAGCGGCACAGAAGAAAGCGAACUUGUCCGCGAACUACGCAAUCUCGGCGCAGUCCUGUACUGCAAGACCAGCGUGCCAAUGACCCUAAUGUCCGGUGAAACCAUAAACAACAUCAUCGGCUACACUUGGAACCCCAAGAACCGCCUGCUGUCCUGCGGCGGCAGCUCCGGCGGCGAAGGCGCCCUGAUUGCGCUCCGCGGCUCGCCUGUUGGCUUCGGUACUGAUAUCGGAGGUAGUGUGCGAAUCCCCGCCGGGUUUAAUUUCCUCUAUGGGAUUCGUCCUUCGGCAGGCAGGAUGCCCUACCAAGGCGCUGCGACCUCGUUAGAUGGCCAAGGUACUAUCUUGUCCGUUAUUGGACCGAUUGCGCCAACUGCGCGGUCUCUGACGCUCUUGUUUAAGGCUGUUCUUGGACAGGAGCCUUGGCUGUAUGAUCCGCUUGCGUUGGAGCUGCCGUGGCGGGAUGAUGUUGUUCGGGAGACCAGGGCGUUGAUCGAGAAAGCUCGGGAUGGGGUGUCGACGCUUGCGUUCGGCAUUAUGAAAUACGAUGGUAUGGCACUUGUUCAUCCGCCUAUCGCGCGGGGGCUUAGGAUUGUUGAGAAAACGCUACAGCGCUUGGGUCAUCGGGUUGUUGAGUGGAAGCCUCCUUCUCACGGUACUUCCUUUGAACUAUUUGCUAAAGUGUGCAACAUGGAUGGGGGCGCGGACUUGAAGUAUCAUUUAGGUCUAUCGGGAGAACCUCGAGCUCCGCAAGUACUCGGUGCUGAAACUAGUGUUCAAAUGACAGCGUCUGAGAUUGCCGCGCUUAAUGUUGCAAAGCGUGAGUAUCAGAAACAGUACAUGGACUACUGGAGUAGCACGGUCGAGGUGACAGGCACAGGGCGCCCUGUUGAUGCGUUUUUUUGUCCAUUGGCACCUCAUGCGGCAGUUCUUCCCAACGAAUUUAAGUCCGUGGGAUACACUACAUUUGUGAAUGUGCUUGACUAUACUAGUCUUGCGAUUCCAGUCACAUUUGCGGAUAAGAAGAUCGAUGUGCGAUCGGCUGUUGAGUCUCUGAAUGGUUCUGAUCACAUUCAGUGGGAUUAUGAUGCCGAGGCCUAUGAUGGGGCCCCGGUGGGAGUGCAAUUGGUAGGCAGGAGGUUGCAGGAAGAGAAAAUGUUGACUCUAGCUGAGUAUCUGGGCGAAGAGAUUGCUCAAGAUGCGGAAGAGAGAGUUUGAGUCCGAAAUACUAGACUGUAUUCAGCGCGUAGUGCUUUUUGGUUAUCGACAUCAUGUCUCUGUAACAGAGCACCUGGG